AUGCAAGAGGAUACUGAGGGGGAUUUGGGAACGACGUCGCUUGGGAUAUGGUAUUUGUCGUUCACGUUUUUCUCGCUGGUGGCGUCUCCGGUGGUUAGGAAGCUGGGAUCAAAGAAUGCUUUGAUUCUUGGGACUAGUGGGUAUUGGUUGUUCAUCGCUGCCGCCAAUUUGAAGCCUACUUGGUAUACUAUGGUUCCAGCUUCAUUGUACAUGGGUUUUGCUGCUUCCAUUAUAUGGGUUGGGCAGGGGACAUAUUUGACUUCCACAGCGCGUAGUCAUGCCAAAGAUAAUAGCUUACAUGAAGGGACGAUUAUUGGCCAGUUCAAUGGAGAGUUUUAGGGAACGUUUGCCUGUCACCUGUUUGUGGGAAAUCUCAUAUCGCUCGCCUUGCUAAGUGAUGGAACGGGGGGAAGUACUAAUGGCACAACCUUAUUAUUCAGUGUAUUUCUUGUCAGUAUGACCUUAGGUACCAUACUGAUGUGCUUUUUGCUUAAAAGGGGUAUUAAAGAGGAGGACCCCCAGGGUCCUUUCCUCAACUUGUAUGCUUCUGUAAUAUCGUUGUCGAAGACAGUAAUUAGACCUUUGUAUGAUGUACGGAUGCUAUUGAUCAUCCCCCUCAUGGCAUAUUCAGGAUUGCAACAAGCAUUUGUUUGGGCUGAAUACACUAAGUAUGUUGUUAGUCCAACGCUUGGUGUCUCUGGUGUUGGUGGUGCAAUGGCAGUUUAUGGGGCUUGUGAUGCAAUAUGUUCACUGGCUGCAGGUCGAUUUACAUCUGGUCUCAGGUCCAUCACAAUAAUAGUUUCUGCUGGAGUUUUCUUUCAGACCAUGAUAUUUCUCUGGCUUCUUCUAAUAUACAGUCCAGUGAGUGGAGUACCUGGAACUGUAUACCCUCUUAUAAUGGCAGCCGCAUUGGGCAUUGGUGAUGGAGUCUUAAAUACACAACUCAGUGCUUUGCUUGCCAUAUACUUCAAACAUGAUACUGAAGGUGCAUUUGCACAGCUCAAGGUCUGGCAGAGUGGUACUAUUGCAGUGGUCUUCUUUAGCAGUCCAUACAUCUCAUUCAAUAUAAUGCUGGUGGUUAUGCUUGUUACAAUCUCUAUUUCAUAUGGUGGCUUUAUUUCUCUAUCUCUUCGAGAGAAAGCGCUCUCCCAUUGUAGUUCAUAAUGUGUAUGGAGUGAAUGUCUACUAGGAAAUCAGCUUGUGUAUACUAGCAGGUAUAUGUAAUGUUAAUCGUU